CAGAGGAUCUCUCUUUCUCUCUGUUUCAUCUUCCAUGGAGAGUCAACAUCAGAUUCACCACGGCGUUGCUCCCCCAGAAGGAGAAGGAAGUGAUGCCUUUCACGAAGUUUUCCUUCUCUGAUCUUGAGAAGGCCACCCAGAACUUCGCCAACAAGAAGUUCAGCACAAAUGCUUGGCCCGAUCCUGAGAAGUUUGAGGAAGAGGCCAAGAGAGUUGGGGAGUUGAAACACAAGAGAAUCGUCAGUUUGAUCGGAUGUUGCGCUGAUGGAGAUGAAAGGCUUCUUGUUGCAGAGUUCUUGCCAAAUGAUACUCUUGCUAAGCGUUUAUUUCAUGGUAUGCCAAAAAGACUUUCACGAUGGUUUAGAGAGGGACCAGAACUAACAUUUUAUUGA